AUGGAAAAGUUCAAGGAAAAGCUGAAUCUGCGUACGGCGGCGGCGGGCGAAGGUAGCGGUUCCAUGUUAACACCUGGCGGGGGUGGCGGGGCACGGACAAUGAAGGGCGGCGAUCAAGGGAAGCGACUCUUGUCGCAGUCGGCGGUUAAUCGAUGGCUUAAAGUGAACACCCAAGACGUUUCUAAGUGCGCCGACGCCGUUCAUAAGCUGCUAGACGAAGGCGCGGACUCGUUCGGCAAGCGCGCCGAGUUAAUGUACGCGCGCCGCCCCGACAUCCUGCAGCAAGUCGACCUGCUGCAUAGCCGCUACUUAACUCUCGCCGCGCGCUACGAGCAGCUAUUCGUCACCUCCACGCACUACGCCGCCGCCGCCGCCGCCGCUACUGCGAACGCGGCGGCUGGAGAAGACGGGCAGGCUGAUCUGUUGUCACCGAUGAUUAGCCCCAGCGCGUCCUCCGCCAAGCUUGCGGAAGAUGCGGCAGCGGCGGAGGGUGGGGGGAAGGAAAGGGGAGGCGGGAGGUUUGACCUCGGGCAGGAUCCCAGCGCGAUCGGGAUUUUUCUGGGGCAGAUAUUGGGCAGCUUGGAGAAAGGACUGAAGGAGGAGGAAGACGGAUCAGGGGCGUGGAAGGAGCUGGUCGAAGCUUUGUCGAAACUGAGUUCCGUAGGGAAGGAGAGUAAGGAAGAAGAGAAUCGUGAGGAGGAGGAUCAGCUAGCUAAGGCAACUGACUUGUCGAAAAUAGCGCUAGCGCGGGAGGCGGUGGGUCGUGCUAAGGAGAAGCUCGAUGCGCUCCUGCGGCGCGCUAAAUCCGGCGCGGAGGUGGAGGAAGCGCUGAAGCAGAAGCUGGCCUCGUUAGAGUCACUCGAGGAGGAAAACGCGAUGCUGAGAGAAAUCGUGGAAGGGGAGGCGGACACCGGCGCGGGGGGAGGGGGGGGCGCGGACGGCGCGGCUGGGGGCGGAGACGCAGGCGCGGGAGCGGGCGCAGGGGGGAAUAAGAAGGCGGGAAUGCGAGACGAUGAGAAGCACGUGGCGCUAGAAGUGGAGGUUGGGCAACUGCGGAUCAGGAAUAUGGAUCUUAAGCUGAAGCUAGACCGUCUCACGGCCGCUCUUAAAGAGUCUCGGGAGAGAGAGGCGCAAGCCGCGAUUGCGCUCGAGAAGCUGAAGGAAGAAUGGGGGAAGGCGGAAGAGGCCGGGGGAACAGGAGGGGGAGGAGAAGCGGACGGCGAUGGCGGUGGAGGGGAGGUUGGCGGGGAUGGGGGGAGUGAGCAGGAGAAGGGAGGGGAGGCAGAGACGGGGGAGGAGGAGAAAGCGGAAGGAGAGAAGGGCGGGAAGGAAACGGAGGAGGUGGCAAGGGAGGUUGAGGCGGGGCAGUGGAGGAUCAAGCAAAUGGACCUGCAGGUGACUAUAAAGAAGCUGCGGGAGGAGCUUAAAACGAGCAAGGAGGAGGUAGCUCAGCUGAAGGCUCUGCAGCAGCAGGACAGCCAAGAAGGCGGGGGGAGACAGGAUAUGGAAGAGCGUAGGGUUGGGGGAGGGCUGGGUAGUGAUCUGGCUAGUCCCACUGGCAGCGAUGUUUCUGUCGCUUCUUCUGCUGGUGCCUCUGAUGCUGCCGCGGCCGCCGCCGCCGCUUCCGCCUCUGCUCUACCCCCUACCCCCUCUGCGGCCAAUCCCCCGCCGUUAACCCCCGGAGGGCGCGCAUUGACGCGCGUGCCUUCUGGGUCGGGCGGUAAGAGGAUGUGGAUGAUGGGGGGACGAAUGAUGCCUGCAGUCGAAGCUUCUGCUGGUGGUGGUGGUGCCGGCUCUGGUGCGAGUUCGGAGAGCAAGGAGGAGGAGAACAGGGCAGUUGCGAAAGAAAAGGAUCAGUACACGGUGGGGCUGGAGGUGGAGGUCGGGCAGCUGAAAAUAAAGAACGGGGAUCUGAAGAUGAAAGUGGAUAAGCUGCAGAAGGAGACAAAGGAGCUACAGGAGCAGUUGGGGGCGGCAAAAGAGGAGCUUGAAGUGUGGAAGAAAGACGGCGUGCUGAAGGGCAUAGUAACCGAGAAGGAGAAGGAGAUAGAAGCGCUCAAGAGGGAGGUGGAGGAGGGGCAGAGGCAGGCGAGUGGGGCGGCAGAGCGCAGGGAGCAGGCAGAGAGCGCAGUGGCGUUAGACGUUGAAAUGGGGAAGCUCCGUAUGAAGAACAUGGAUCUAAAGAGCAAGGUAGAGAAGCUGCAGCAGCAGGUGCGGGAGCAGAAGCAGCAGCUGGCGGGAUUAGGCCAGGGAGGGGCAGGGGCAGGGGAUGCUGGGGAGACGAGUGAUGCUGGCAGUGGUGGUUCUAGUGGAGGAUUGUCGGAGAAAGGGAGAGCGGUGGCGAGGAGUUUUAGCUGGAAGAGUGGUGCGGGGAAGGGGGGAGGAGGGGGUAAUGAUGUGGGAGGGGAGGCAGGGGACGUGUCCAAGUUGCAAGCCCAGGUGAGGGAGUGUGAGAGGGCAAAGGCCCUUCUGGAGGAGGAAGGGAAGAGGAAAGACGAAAGGAUCAAGCAACUAGAAUCCGAGGUUAAGUCGAAAGCAGUCGAGAUGGGGAUGCUGAAGAGGAACAUGCAACGGGUAGAGGGUGAAUUGAAGGAUCUGGGAGCGGCUUCUGGCAAGAAGGAUAGCGGGAGAGGGAAGUGGGGCGCUGUUGGGAAGGUAACAACUGCGGUUGCUGCAGCCACGGCUAUAGCUGGAGGAGGAGCAGGAGCAGGAGGGGGAGGAGGAGGAACGGCGGCACGGGCAGCAAGCAUGGACGGAGACAAUGUUGUGGUUCAUGAUAAGGCAGGGGAUGAUGAAGCAGCAGGGCCAGCAGCCGAGUCCGAGCAGGUGCUUGGUAAGGGAGGAAAGAGCGGGAGCGGGAACGGGAGUGGGAGUGUGGACGAGGUACGCCUGGCAGCGUUAGAGGAGGAGGUGCUGCAGCUGCGUGCGGCGUUGAAAGCGGCGACACAGAAGGUGCAGGUGCUGCAGCCCAUGGCAGCUCUGAACGAGAAGCUGGUGAAAAAGCUGCAGGUGCUGGAAGAGGAGAAGCGGACGCUCCAGGACUUGCUAGAGCAGGUGCUGGAGAGGCGGAGGAGGAGAAGCACCGGCGGAGUGGGAGGAGGAGGAGAGCGAGCGGUGGUGAGUGUGGAGGAGGAGAGGCGGCGGCAGGAGUUGGUGCAGAGGCUGAGGGAAAAGGGCCUGGUGGUGGAUGAUGUGGAUGAUCUAUGUGACGAUGAUUUUGGCGAUGGGCCUGGAAUGGGGUUUGGGCUCUUCUCGUGCUUGUUCCAGAGCCGGGGCAUGGCCCGCCUCAUGCACUGA